UUUAAGGUUUUUCGACGAAAUGCUCUCUCAUCAGUUAUCAUAUUAAUUUUUUUCGCGGGAGAACCGGCAGAUUUAUUAAUAUAUUUUUUGUUUUGAUUAAUUUUGUGUAUAUUUUACCAGUAUCCUGUUCUUUUCUAUAUUGACGGCUGACAGUAAACCAAUUACCAAACGACAAAGCGAACUAAGCAAUUUACAAUUUAUAAAUUAACCAAUAAAUAUUAACCGUCGUCCCAUUGUUUAAUCACGGUUUUGAACCGUUGAAUCUGCUGAGUCGAUUUCCUGUUGGCAGUUUAUCCUUUUUCAAUCUCUCAGCUAUAGCGAAAGUGUAUUUGGUUAUUAAUCCGUAUGUUCACAGUGAAUUUAUUGAAGUAUAAUUCAUAAGAUCAAGAUGCCAAAAAUUAAGAAAAGUGUUAAUGAUGAAAAUAAAUGCCCAAGUAAAAUUACUGUUAAUAAAAAAAAUAAAUCAGUUUUCAAAUUUGAUAUGAAAAGAAUUCUAAAAGAAAGACAAGCUGAAGGUGAAUUUUGGAAAAAAAAUGCUGAUCUUGAUAAAGAGAUGAAAGUUGUAGACGAUUUGUUUCAAAAAGAAGUAAACAAUACUAUUAAACAUAAUGAUAAAUGUCCUAUUGUAUUACCAACAGUUGGUUAUAUUAUAUUUAACCACUCUAAGUAUAAUAUGAACUUCAAAAACAAAUCUGAUAUGAUAGAAUCAUAUUCACUACAGCUACUUCUAAUGUCGAUUGAAAAAAAUGAACUUAAAGCUACCAUUAUUUUUAAUAAUCUAAUGAAAUCAAAUUGGUCACCAGUAUUUAAGGAUGUUCAAUAUAUUUUUUCAAACUGGGGAGCUGAUUUGGAUUCAUUGACUAAUAGUUCACUAUUAAAGUGUCAAAUUAACAGUUGUGAGAAAAUUGGAAGGCACAAUUUUGAACUAGUAAUAAAUUUCAUAUCUUAUAAUAUACUAAAAAAUAAUAAAAAAAUUAGUGAUGAUGAACUACUAACAUUAGCCCAGUAUAUUGUCAAAAUAUCUUUUGAUCACCAUUGUGGACAAAUGAUAAAUGUUAUAAAAAGAUUAUUUAGUGCUUGCAUCGAAACUGCAUUACAAGAAAAUGAUGAUACUUCCAUUAUAGCAUUUGCUCAAGGAUUGUAUUCACAGUAUAACUAUAAACUUUUAAAGAUGGUUGUUGAUUUGUUCCUACCUUUAGAAGGAAAUACUAUGAAAAAAAUAUAUACUUAUUUAACAUUCAAACUAUUCAAGUCACUUUUAGAAAAAACCAACAACAUCAGAUCAUUUCCAUCUAAUAUUAAUGAAUGGUUUGUUCAAGAUUUGGUAAAUAAAGAUUUUUUCAAUAAAAAACCAAAAAGAUUAUUAUACCGCCUUAUUCGGCUGUUAGAACACGUUGUGAUUGUUUUUGAUUUAUAUCAAGAUGAAAAAAAACUGAGUGAUAUGUAUGAUUUUUUAAAUUAUGUGGUUAAACCAACUGGAUUAUCAGAUUCUCUUAAGCUUGUUAAUAUAUUGGAUCAAUGGAGGUUGCGAUUAUUCCGUUUACAUGUAAAUCGCAAAAAUAGUUUACUCUGAGAAUCUUGUGUUACUGUUCAUACAUUAUAUUAUAAUUUUUAUUUAUGUUUAUUUCUCUUAUGAACUAUUUAUCAGUGAUUAAUUUUUUAUCGAGGAAGAUAUCUGUUUUAUUUAUUUGAGUAAUUGAACUUAAUUCUAAAGUUAACAGUUAUAAUGUCAAAGUAAAUUCAUGACUGCUUGCAUAUAUUAUAUUAUAAUACCAACUAAAUUAUUUAUAAUUAUGUUUAAUAUUUAUGUUAGUAAAUUAUUUAGAAUUGUCAUUCUUAGUCAGUAUAAUAUAUUAAGAUUGAAUUAUUAACAUAA